AUGGAAGUUCCAUCUACGGCUUCUAUGGGAACAGAGGAGAUUAAGAAAGAUGUCAAUGCCAGCAAUUGGCAAACAGAUUUGGCCUAUGACCAGUGGAAAGCACUCCCUGUUUCUGGUCCACGACCACCGGCUCGCUAUAAGCAUGCUGCUGUAGUAGUCGAUGAAAAAUUAUACAUUAUUGGUGGGAGUCGUAAUGGUAGGCACCUAUCCGAUGUUCAGGUCUUUGACUUUAGAAAUUUGUUAUGGUCUAAUAUAAAACUGAAACCCAAUUCCGAUAAAUUUGAAGACGGUGGCUUGCAGGAAGUUCUUCCAGCCAUCUCUGCUCAUAAUAUGGUUAAGUGGGGAAACAAAAUUCUUCUUCUUGGUGGAAAUUCGAAGAAAUUGUCUGACAAAAUAAUAGUGUGGGUCAUUGAUCUGGAAACGCACCUCUGUGGCAUCUUGGAGACCUCAGGAAAAAGUUCCGGCAAGUGCAUUUCACAUGGAUGUUAUAUCCAUUUCAACUGUAACACCCGAGUAGCUCGUGGGGGGCAUUCCACAACACUGGUUGGUUCUAGACUGAUAAUGUUCGGUGGAGAAGACAGGAGUAGAAGAUUGUGGAAUGAUGUUAAUAUUCUGGAUCUAGAGACAAUGACCUGGGAUGUGGUGGAAGCAAUGCAGACACCUCCAGCUCCCAGAUUCGAUCACACAGCUGCAGUACACGCAGAACACUACCUUCUAAUUUUUGGUGGUUGUUCUCAUGAUAGUUUCUUCAAUGAUCUUCAUGUACUUGACUUGCAAACAAUGGAGUGGUCCCAACCUCAAGUUCAGGGUGAACUAGUCACUCCUAGGGCUGGUCAUGCUGGUAUAACAAUUGAUGAAAACUGGUAUAUAGUCGGCGGCGGAGAUAACAAAAAUGGUUGCCCAGAAACUCUGGUAUUAAAUAUGUCUAAGCUAGUGUGGUCAGUGCCAACCAGUGUGAAGCACAGGGAUGCACUUGCAAGUGAGGGACUCAGUGUCUGCUCAGUGACUAUUGAUGGAAAGAAGCAUUUGGUUGCCUUUGGUGGCUAUAAUGGGAACUAUAGCAAUGAGGUUUUUGUAAUGAUGCCCAAACUGAGGGACUCAUUACAACCAAAGAUAUUCCAGUCACCAGCAGCAGCUGCAGCAGCAGCUUCUGUCACUGCUGCAUAUGCCUUAACUAAAAUAGACAAAUUAGAUUUCAAGACAGCAGAAUUGAACUCCAAGGGGACUGAAAACCAUCAUUAUGAACAAGAUUUCACAAUUGACCUAGAAACCCUUACAGAGGAGAAAAGCGUGCUGGAAUUGUCGCUUUCAGAAGUCAAGACAGAAAAUUCUAGGCUCGGGCAGGAGAUUGAAGAAGUCAACAAUACUCAUGCUGAGUUGUCCAAGGAACUUCACUCAGUCCAAGGGCAACUAAUAGCUGAGAGAUCAAGAUGCUUUAAAUUGGAGGCUCAAAUCAGUGAACUACAAAAGAAACUGGAAUCAGUGCAGUCCAUUGAGGAUGAAGUACAGGCACUUCGGGGACAAAAAUCUGCAUUGGAACAAGAUAUGGAGCUUGCCUCAUUGCUCAGAGACAAGGUUCUGGCGGGGUUUGGCGGUGGAUUGCUGGGGGUGGCGGCAGCGAUGCAUAAAAGUUGUAAGGGCGGUGCAUGA